AUGCUCGCAAUGGUCAGUGGAGAUUCCGUAGGAAAUGCUCUUAAGAUACAGGGGUUAUACGAUGACAUUGAACCCCUUCAUCGCCUUGAAUCAGAUGAUUCCGAACGUACUCUGGGGGUGAUGUUGUCGCCACUGGAAAAUCACAACGCACAGGAGGCACAGUGGGUCUCUAAAGCUAAAGAGUGGGCCAAACAGCUUCGGACUUACCUGCUACACAAGUACGACGUGUUACCCUUAAUCCGGACCACAAUCCUGAAGAAGCUUGAAUAUCCUAUGGCACUCACUACCCUCAACGCUCAACAAUGGCAGGACAUUAUGUCACCGGUUCUCCAGGUGUGCUUACUUAAGUCAGGUGUUUGCCGCAACUUUCCCCGUUUGGUGGUCUUUGCCCCGGUGGAUUAUCAAGGCCUUGGUGUUCCUCACCCCUUUGGCAAGCAAGUGUACAAACACUUGGAGAUGAUCCUGCGCCAUAUGUCGGGGGGUAGGAAGACUGGAGCCUACAUGGACGCCAAUCUCCAGGCUCACCAGCUGGAAACCGGUACCUCCUUUGGUCUUCUACAGCAAGAUUACCAGAAUACAUCCAUUCUUGCUUCUGAUACCUGGCUUAAAAGGGUAUGGAAGGAGCUUGAAUCUCUGGAUAUGUACAUGGCCUUUGACUCUCCGGCCCUAUCUUUAAGGUGUUAUCAUGACGCUCUCCUGAUUGACUUGUUCAUUGAUCUUGAGGUUGAUCAGGACGACCUUCUCUCGCUUAACUGGUGCCGGAUGUUCCUGCAAGUAGCCACAGUAUCAGAUAUCACUACGGCUGAUGGCCGCUAUAUCCGGCAAUGCAUCUGGAAUGGUUUCCGCGACGACACUUAUCGGACUCCAUAUAACUGGCCUCGAACGGUACAACCCAGGCGUCCAUAUUGGGAACUCUGGCAAAGAAUACUGUCCCGCGCGCUCUUGCCUUCACAUGGUCAGCACCACCCUCUGCUCCAACCCAUGGGACAUUGGCACGACCACUUUGAGUCUUGGAACUGGCUCUGGUCGCCGACUGUUGGGUUGUUUCAUCGGGAGGGGGCUGCAUGGACCCAUCUUGCUCUUGUAGGUUCCUCUACAACUUCUCGGCGCUAUGCUCCAUCUGGCAGUCACAGUGGGACGGAUAGCCUACAACGACAAAGUUCUUGGUGGACUUGCCCUUUGCCUUCUGACGUCCUGCAUGCCACAGUGAGGCCCCUCUCUGGUAGCGACUGGGCGCUCUUCACUGGUACAGGUCUCCCAACCUUGCCUCCCUCUGACCUGACCCCCUCCAUCCUCAAUGCCUGGCAAACCUCUGCCGACCUCUGCACAGACUACUAG